AUUUCAUACUGUUGCAUUUCAGCAACAGGUAUCGAUUGAGUCUUGAAUUUAUUUAAACAAAUAAUGCAUUGCAUCACUGUCCCGUACAGUUCAAUCGGAAAAAAUCAAUCUCAUACACCAGCGUCUAAUUCAAAUGAAAAUCCAAUCGAGUGCGCAUAGCCGCCGCACAGUGUGGUCUGUCGCCAAAACGUCUGCUGGGAAAACAUAACUUGACGUCCUGUCAACAUAGCAAAACAACAACACAGUGCUAGUGGAGAGUGUCUGUUCAAAAUUGUGUAUAGAAAACCCCUAAACCAAACGAUCAUAUGGAAUGUGAAUUGUGCAAAAAUGGCCAACCAGUCGACAGGCGCUAGAACGCAAGCAAAGCCAACAGCGAAACCUUCAACGAUGAAGAUCGGGAUAUCGCGAAGUACGCGCGCAUUGGCUACACCCAGCACCGAUCCCGAAAUCAUUUACUUAGACCGUGUUUGUCGCACGUGUUUGAGUGAAAAGGAAAAGAGUCAGCUGAAGGACCUGUUCGAAUUGUGUCUAGCAGAGACGAUAAUGAGUUGCACAAGCCUUACGGUAACUGAAUCUGAUGGACUUCCGUGUCAUAUCUGCACUGAUUGUUGUGUGGAGCUGGAGCGAAGUUUCAACUUUCGGCAAAUGUCCAAAGCAUCUGAUGCGACGAUACGAUCGCUUAUUGAAAAAUCCGUCGUUAUUAAGCAGGACAGCGAAACCAAGUACGAGGUGUUAAAUGUGGUACUUACCGACUCGGACGGUAACACGGAAACAUCUGCCGUCGUUGUACCGAUAGAGGAGCUCCGUUUUCAACUAAUGAACACCAGCAAUACAAUAGUGGAAGUAAAGACUGAGGACAACAUCGCGAUUCCGAUUCGAAAAGCCAACCAAUCACACGAACCCGACAUCAAUGGUAAGGAGCAUGGUUUGGGAGAAGAACUUUCACUGAAAGUAAAUCCAAACGAUCUUCUAAACGAGCCAACACCUACGACGUCACUGCACAAAGAAGCUUCGGAACCACCGCGAACGCAAGCACUAAAGGAAUCUACCAUUCUUCGAAACCUGAAACAAGAAUUGUCCGAAUUUAUUGGCAGCAACUGUACGGCCAUUUCGAAGCAGGUGGAAAUCGUUGAUGAAAAUGAGGAUGAUGAGCUGAUCCAUGUGGAUUACCUAAAAGACGCACUUACCGAGGAGUACAUUCAGAUCAUGGAAACGCAGCUAGCUUCUACCGGUGCUGGAAACAAGGAGGAACAGCUUGAGCAGGAGCAUUUGAACAAUUUGAUCCAUGCGUCAAUGGAAGCAGAAGAACCUCGCCGCCGCCAUAAAGCAGAUGACUGUCUGGAAAGAGAUACAACAACGCAUUGCAAGAUAUGUGAUGUACAGUUUAGCAAACGUAGAUUAUAUCGAAAGCACGUCAAUCGAAAGCAUUCCGAAAAACGCUUCGAAUGCAAUCACUGUCUAAGGAAAUUUGCGGAAAAGUCCGUCCUCAACAAUCAUAUGCUUCGUCACACGGGCGAAAAAACGCACGUAUGCGACGUUUGUGAGGCACGGUUCUAUGAAAAGACUUUACUGAACGUGCACAUGCGACGGCACUCCGGGUUAAAGCCGUACGCUUGCGAAUUGUGUGACAAACGGUUCACCACCCGCAGCAUUCUCAACACACACCAAAAAGUGCAUAACGAUCCGCGGCCCCACGUAUGUAACGUUUGCCAGAAAGGAUUCAAACUGUCCUGGCAGCUGAAGGCUCACAGCCGUGUUCACACCAACGAAAAGCCCUUCGAAUGUCCCUACUGCCACAAACGGUUCAACCAAAAUGGUAAUUUGGCCGUGCACAUCCGUACCCAUUCGGGGGAGAAACCGUUCAAGUGCAAAAUUUGCGAUAAGGCAUAUCCUAGCCAGGGAGAGCUAAGGGGCCACAUGCGACAACACACCGGGGAGGAAAAGGCAAAGAAAGUUGUGUGCACCGUCUGCAGCAAAGCGUUUUCUGCCAACCACGUUCUGGCGAUUCAUAUGCGCACACACACCAAGGAAAAGCCGUACGGUUGCACGAUCUGUGAGAAACGGUUCAUGAUGCGCGUGCAUCUCACGGUCCAUAUGCGAUCGCACACGGGCGAAAAGCCGUUCGCAUGUUCUUUGUGUGAAAAGGCAUUUCCAACCAAUUAUCAGCUGAAAAUGCACAGCUACGUGCAUACGGGCGAGAAAAACUAUUCCUGUGAUGUUUGUAGCCGUAAAUUCAGCAGCUCGGCCAAUCGCAAUACACACCGUAAAACACAUGAUCGGAAGACAAAUUAACAGCAUUAAGAGUAUGUAAGUAGCUAAAGAUGGCCCCAAACUGGGAGUGAUUAUUAAACUGUUAUUAGUAAAAAUGAAACAUGUGUUGAGAUAUAAUUCCCCAAAAUGUUAUCCAACGAUUGGCACUUGGGGAGAUAUGAUCGAACGUAAGAAAAA